GUUCACGUCGUAAACUUCACGCUCUCUUCUUACCGCCGCCUCCGUUCUCCUGCUUACUUUCUCUCUCUCGUUCGCGCGAUUCGCAAUCCAUCUCCCGCUGGCGGGCGAUUGAUCUUGGAUCUAAUAGAUAAUUUUCGCGCGAUUAUUCUCUUCUCAAUAGAUCUCCCGCUGGCGCUUGAUAUUGAAUCUCUGUUAUUCUUCAUACUGCAUUCAGAUUCAAUUUUGUUGCUCUCUUAACGAUCUGAAUUUGGUUUUGCAGGCCCUUUUAUUUUCGAAUUUUUCUCCUAACGAUCUGAAAUUGGUUUUGCAGGCCCUUUUAUUUUCGAAUUUUUCUCUUAACAUAUUUCUGUUUAUAGCUGUUGUUGUCCUUUUUGUUUUUUGUGUGUUAUUAACGUGAUGGUUGCAGGAUUCAGGAACCCCUCUAUGAAAAUGUUUCGUCAGUAUGACUUGCCUCCUCAAGGAAAAAGAUCGCAUCAAAAUUUUGACAGGUUCAUUCCUAACAGAUCUGCAAUGGAUAUGGACUAUGCGCACUUUAUGGUGACAGAAGGGUGCAAAGUGAAGCCGAAUCCUGUGGCCAGGUCACCUUCAANCUUGCUUUUAAAGACAAACCACCCACCCCUUUGCGUGGGUAUCUGUACGAGGAUUCUUCUGUCUCUUAUGAGGCCAGACCUACAAAACCUCUUCGCCAAAUUCCUCAGACAUCCGAGAGGACUUUAGAUGCCCCAGGUCUUGUGGAUGACUACUACUUGAACCUACUAGAUUGGGGAAGCAGCAAUGUCCUUUCUAUUGCUCUUGGCAGUACUGUUUACCUGUGGGAUGCUUCUCAGCGCAGAACAUCUGAACUGGUCACGGUUGAUGAUGAAUUUGGUCCUGUCACAAGUGUGAAAUGGGCUCCCGAUGGAAAGCAUGUUGCUGUUGGAUUGAAUAAUUCUGAUGUCCAGCUUUGGGAUACCACGGCUAACAGAUUGUUGCAAACUUUGAGAGGUGGCCACCAAUCACGAGUGGGAGCCCUUGAUUGGAACAAGCAUAUACUUACCACAGGUGGGAUGGAUGGUCUGAUUAUCAACAAUGACGUCCGGAUGAGAUCACAUAUUGUGAAAACAUACAGAGGACACAGUCAUGAAGUGUGCGGCCUAAAAUGGUCUGCCUCGGGCCGGCACUUGGCGAGCGGAGGAAAUGAUAACCUUCUAUAUAUAUGGGACAGAUCAUCGACUGCCUCCUCAACAAAUCAAUGGCUUCACAGAUUUGAGGAUCACAGGGCUGCAGUUAAGGCACUUGCCUGGUGUCCAUUUCAGGCAGACCUCUUGGCCUCCGGGGGAGGAGGAGGAGACCAGUGCAUUAAGUUCUGGAAUACCCAUACCGGUGCAUGUGUGGGCUCAGUUCAUACAGGUUCUCAGGUGUCCGCGCUGCUUUGGAACAAGAAUGAGCGUGAGUUACUUAGCUCCCAUGGGUUUACUCAGAAUCAGCUAACUCUCUGGAAAUACCCAUCAAUGGUUAAGAUGGCAGAGCUUAGGGGACAUACAUCUCGAGUUCUUUUCAUGGCUCAGAGCCCAGAUGGUUGCACUGUUGCAUCUGCUUCAAGUGAUGAAACACUAAGACUUUGGAAUGUUUUUGGAACGCCUGAAGUCAAGAAAAAGGUUCCCAAGUCCAAUCCGGAGCCGUUUGCUCAUGUUAACCGAAUCCGCUGAUCCCCCAUUCAGUACAUGCUUGAUAUAACCUCAGGUGGUGUAUAGUAUGCUCAGUUUUGCUUCGGAUUACAACAGACACUGGUGGGG